GCCUCCCCGGCUCCUGCUACCGACGAACAGGGGAGCCGUUCCCCUCGGCGGGAUGCGGUCGGACGGGGUGGCGGAGCUGGAGAGGUUCGCCAGCGCCGGCAAGGGCCGGGGGCUGCGGGCGCUCCGGCGCUUUGCCGUGGGGGAGCUGCUCUUCAGCUGCCCGGCCUACACCGCCGUGCUGACCGCUAGCGAGCGCGGCAGCCACUGCGACGGCUGCUUCGCCAGGAAAGAAGGCUUGUCCAAGUGUGGAAGAUGUAAACAGGCCUUUUACUGCAAUGUGGAAUGUCAGAAGGAAGAUUGGCCAAUGCACAAGCUGGAGUGUUCUGCUAUGUGUGCUUUUGGGCAGAACUGGAAUCCCUCGGAGACCGUGAGGCUAACAGCGAGGAUCCUUGCCAAGCAGAAAACUCACCCUGAAAGAACACAGUCGGAGAAACUGCUUGCUGUAAAAGAGUUUGAAUCACACCUUGACAAACUAGACAAUGAAAAGAGAGAGCUGAUUCAGACCGACAUUGCUGCUCUUCAUCACUUUUACUCAAAGCACUUGGAGUACCCUGACAAUGCUGCCCUUGUAGUUCUCUUUGCACAAGUUAACUGUAAUGGCUUCACAAUUGAAGAUGAAGAACUCUCCCAUUUGGGAUCAGCCAUAUUUCCUGAUGUUGCACUGAUGAACCAUAGCUGUUGCCCAAAUGUGAUUGUAACUUACAAGGGGACCUUGGCUGAAGUCAGAGCUGUUAAAGAGAUUGAGCCUGGAGAGGAGGUUUUCACCAGCUACAUUGAUCUCUUGUAUCCCACAGAAGACAGAAAUAACCGGCUAAGAGACUCCUAUUUCUUUGACUGUGAUUGCGAGGAGUGUGUUACCAAAGAAAAGGAUAAAGAUAAACUGGAAAUCUGCAAGCUGAAUGAUCCUCCAUCAGCAGAGACAGUGCGGGACAUGAUCAAGUAUGCCAGGAAUGUGAUUGAGGAAUUCAGAAGAGCCAAACACUACAAAUCUCCUAGUGAAUUACUGGAGAUCUGUGAACUCAGCCUGGACAAGAUGGGUGCAGUGUUUGAAAACAGUAAUGUUUAUAUGUUACACAUGAUGUACCAGGCCAUGGGUGUGUGUCUCUACGUGCAGGACUGGGAAGGCGCACUGCGUUAUGGGCAAAAAAUUAUCAGGCCAUACAGUAAACAUUAUCCCCCCUACUCACUGAAUGUUGCUUCCAUGUGGCUGAAACUGGGGAGACUCUACAUGGCACUGGAGAACAGAGCAGCUGGAGUUAAAGCCCUGAAGAAGGCAAUUGCUAUCAUGGAAGUAGCACACGGGAAGGAUCAUCCAUACAUUUCAGAGAUCAAAAAGGAAUUAGAGGACCACUGAGCCUUUGAAUCUAUGCAAUCCUUCAAACCUUUAGUUAAAAGCCUUGUUACGGAAGCCUUCAGGAGCGCUUUGAAAUGCGGUAGGGUAUGAACACAGCUCUGGCCUAUAAUUGGAAUGACAAACACACUUAUGCCUGGCAGAAUGUUCCCAGCUUCCACACAUCUACAAUUGCCUUUUUUUCCCUGUUUUGUUUUGGUUUUUAAAGAUGCAUCCAUAGUUUCUUAAAGGUGAUGCCUUUUGACAGCUCGUGUGCAAAAGUGGCCAUUUUUGUCUCUGGAUUUUAAUG